AUGUUUUUCGACGGAGCUUCGAAUGCCUUGGGGCAUGGCAUAGGGGUCGUGUUAGUGUCACCAGAAGGAGAUCAUUAUCUCGUCAUAGCUAAACUCAACUUCUAUUGCACCAAUAAUGUGGCUGAAUAUGAAGCUUGUGUCAUGGGUCUUCAGGCAGCAAUCGAGAGGAAAAUUCGUAUUUUGGAAGUGUAUGGGGACUCUGCUUUGGUUAUUUAUCAAUUACGAGGAGAAUGGGAGACACGUGACUCGAAGUUAGUCCGAUAUGACAAGUAUGUUUCAAAGCUAAUUGAAAAUUUUGAUAAGAUUUGCUUCACCCAUUUGCCCCGAGAGGAGAACCAAAUGGCCGAUGCAUUAGCCACGUUGGCGGCAAUGUUCAAAGUUGGUACCAAUGUCAAGAUUCAACCCAUCAUGAUUAAUCUUCGAGAGUGCCCCGCACACUGCUCCAAUGUAAAAAAAGAAAUAGAUAGGAAACCGUGGUACGAUGAUAUUGUUCAUUAUCUCAAGUUUCAGUAG